AUGUCGUCUCCACGUCCAAAGUCUCCGCGACCUCUUGUUUCAUCGAAAAAGGAUGAGAAAGAAGAAAGCUUUUGGGAUAAAAUCGGGACGUUAGGUCGAAAAAAACGUAUCAAAGAAGUGCAAGAGGUACAAGAAGAGGGGAAGUAUGCAAUUGAUUCACCAGGAUUUGCAGCCAGUCCAGAGAUGCCACCAGAGGAGUAUGCAUUGGAUGAAAAUGAGGAGCGUUCAAUGAUAGAACCUAGGUCUUUGGAAGAUUCCAAACUGAAAGAAUUAAUAUUCGUUCUGAUCGAAUGGAUCAAUGAUGAAUUAGCCAACCAGCGGAUUAUUGUGAAAGAUAUUGCAGAAGACUUAUAUGAUGGACAGGUACUACAGAAAUUGUUGGAAAAAUUGACAGGAGAGAAAUUAGAUGUACCAGAAGUAACGCAAUCAGAGGAAGGUCAGAAACAAAAAUUGGCAGUUGUGCUGUCAACCGCUAAUCGAGUAUUGGGUCGUUAUCCUCCUUACAAGUGGAAUGUCGAAUCUGUCCAUUCGAAGAACAUUGUUGCGAUUUUACAUUUAUUGGUCGGUUUGGCGAGGCAAUUUCGAGCGCCCGUUAGAUUGCCUGAAAGGGUAGCCGCUCAGGUAGUCGUCGUGCGUAAAAAAGACGGCCAAUUAAUACACAGAACGGUCAGAGAGGAAAUUACAUCGACGUACGACGAUUUGGGAAUGCGUUGCGAAAGAGAUGCUUUCGACAGUCUUUUCGAUGACGCGGUUGAUAAAUUAGCCGUAGUUAAGAAAUCGUUGAUUUCUUUCGUCAAUAAGCAUUUGAGUAAAGUUCAUUUGGAGGUAACAGACUUGGAUACGCAGUUUCACGAUGGAGUCUUCUUAACGUUGCUGCUUGGACUUCUCGAAGGCUUUUUUGUUCCUUUAGGUAGUUUUCAUUUGACCCCCAAAACACACGACCAGAAGGUGCAUAACGUUUCGUUUGCGUUUGAUAUUAUGCAAGAUAUUGGUCUACCAAAGCCCAAAGCUCGCCCAGAAGGUUAGCACUUGUUUGUAACUCUGAUAAUUAUGAGAUAUCCAAGCCAAUGAUAGAUGUAACUGCAUAUUUUUUGUUUACAGAUAUUGUAAAUUUAGAUCUAAAGUCAACUCUACGAGUAUUGUACAAUUUAUUCACGAAAUACAAAGGCAUGAAUUAA